AUGACAAGUACUGCAGGGGGUAGCCCCCCCUCUAAUGUACGGAGCACACCCGAGCAAUACACCAAGAGCAUCCACCAAGCCUGCAUGAAAUCAUUACAAACGGACCUCUUUUCAAGUGCACACUAUCAAUUUCUGUCAGAUUUCCUCAAGUCUACUUCCCGCCAUGAUCUGCCGGCACGCAGCCCUGGUCUAGGAGCAGAAGCUCCAAGUCUUCGAUCCCAGGAUCGCUUCACUUAUGUCGUUGUGCACACGAUUGCCAACGGAGCCAUCAAACGCCAUUGCUUUGACCAUAAAACAGGCUUAGAGGACAUUUGGAAAUUUCCUGAUGUACAGCCCGGUACAGAUCAAAUCGUUUUUGUCCGAGGAUCACUGUCUCCUGCGUGGGUGGGGGUGCUCGGCGCCAAAUACCAAAUCGACCCAGAAUUCUUUCGCCGACAUUUGCGGUACCUAUCCCAGAACGACUUCUCGGACCUACCUUCAUUGCCGUCUGCAUCGACCAACACAAUCUCAUUGCCCGUGACUUCGUUGUACACUCGCUCCUUUGCGCUCAGACAAGAUCAAGUGAGAAGGCGGCGUCGCGAGGACUACGAUGUGGCGAGAAGCAAUCAGCAAGCCAUUCGUCAGAGUGCGAGCACUGGCGAGUCUAUCAUCCGAAAGGUAUCGACCCUGACUGAUAGACUAGUCUCGGUAGAACAUGAUAUUUCGAUUUAUACGAAAGAGACAGUGAAUGGCUGCAGACUUGCCUUUGUUCUUCUGGAUAAUGGGUUAAAUUUGAAUAGACCUGAUGGCCCACCAUGCUUCAGUCGACAUGACUCCCUGUUUAAAAACACCACAUCCAGCAAUUUGUCCCUCAAUCCUAUUCUUAUUCCUAGGCCUGAUACCAUCCAUACUGGUGUCGCCCAUCCAGUUAUUCCUGGCCACGACCGAGAUCAUGCAAACCUCAACUCAUUUUGCCAUGUCGCGUCGCUCUUACCGUUUCAUUUCGGGAUGUCCCUCAGCGAAAGACAUAUUUCGCCGACGCCACGUCCAACACGUCCGAGCAUCAUGCUACUAUUAAAGGAGGUGUUCAUACUUGUUGCAGGCUCUGAAUGUCAGUUUCUCAAUCGUGUCCACAGCGUGGUGAAGGAAGAACAAAGGAACCCAGGCGACGAAAGGCAGAUGGAGCUUGCUCUCAAUACUCUGGUAUACAUAAAGACUCUGCUAGAUGAGCACAGAUCUCGAUUGCAAGGGAUAAUUACCUUCUUGGGCCGUUGCAGCUCCCCUGACUCCGAUUCAGAUAUCGCCAGGCGAGACUCAUGUGCUGCCGCAACGGCCCGAUCAGUACCUCAAGGAGAGAUGAUGGGCAUAAUCUACGGGGACUUUGAGGAACUUCUGAGUCGCAACAAAUCCCUGGGCGAGUUCUGUGUCGGAAGCAUGGAUCUCAUAAUGAACAACGCUAUGCUCAAAGAAUCGCGGAAAGCUGUCGAAACAGCAGACGACCAGAAGCGGUUGACAAUAUUGGCAUACUUCUUUCUACCAUUGAGCCUUGCCACCUCUAUAUUUGGAAUGAAUGUGCAAGAGUUCGGUACGGGAAAUCAGCAUAUCUGGCUCCCAGUAGUUACUCUAGCUGUGAUUGUUCUGGUCGCCAUGAUCCUUUUGAAUCCGCAUUACUUCAAGUCUUGCUGGUCCAAGUUUGUCAAGCGACGACAGCCUGAAAUUCCCACCUACCAGACCCAAGGUGCCACGAUGCUGUUCAAUGAUUCAAUCGUCAAUUGA